AUGGAAGAAAGCUCCCCUUCAACCAAGGCACGAAUACGUGAAAUCAUCACAAAAAAUCUUGGCAGUGAUGAUGUAACCCGCACAAGCCCCCCAAAUGGCUCCACUACUCCCACUGUGCAGAUUCUGCAGGAAGAGAACCGGUUACUGGCAGUGGAGCUCAAUCGAGUUGAAGACCUUUUGUCUGCUAGUCGAGCAGAGCGGGAUGAACUGGGGAUCAAGUACAGUGCUAUUAGUGAUAGGCUCGAACAACUAAUGAAGGGAGAAGCUGCCGAGGCUGUGGAACCAGCACGUCGUUUGAUGCAGCAGAAUAUUGAGAUGCGCCAGAAACUGGAAGAUGAGCAUGCAAACUAUAAGCGUAAGUUGCAAGCAUACCAAGAAGGACAACAAAGACAAGCACAACUUGUGCAGAAACUACAAGCUAAGUUGCUACAGUACAAAAAGAAGUGUCAGGACCUGGAAGAAUAUCUUCGUUCAUCUAAUAGUGAGCUGAAAUCCAUUUCUCACUUUAAGGUGAGACAGUACAAGGAAAAGUGCAAGGAAUUUGAAAGCUUUCAAUCUGACAUCAAGAAUGAGUAUCUUGAUACUCUUGAGUCGUCACCUUUAGAUCCUAAGAAAUUGGAAGCUGGUGAAUCUCAUGGUAUGAGCAAUAUGAAUCCUUUAACAAUAGAUUUGGAAACUGCUCUCAUCAAGCUUGAAGAGGAACAGCAAAGGAGCGCUGGACUGGCUCAUGUGAAUGCUAUGUUGCGGGAACAACUAGACCAGGCUACAUCUGCUAAUCAGAGUUUGUCUAGUGAUAUCCAGAAGUUGACUGUUGAUUGGCAGAAUGCCCGUGAAGACCUUGAAUUGAAAGAACAAGAAUGGAGAGAAGAAGAAAAGUCAUUCAACCAGUUCUAUAAUGAUGAACACAACCGUCUCCUUCACUUGUGGAGAUCUGUUGCAGCAUUCCGCAGAGAGUUUAGCAAUUUGAAAUUGGACACUGAACGAGAUCUUCAUCAUGUCCGUUCUGAUAUCAACCGGGCUGCACGCAGUAUGCAUGCAGCUGCUUUAAACUGCACUGCAAAUGCAAGACAUACAGAUAAUGAAAUUCAGGUAAACUUGGACAAGGGCAGAAUAGAAAAAGCAGCGAUGGAGAACCAACUUCGGGAGAAGAUUCGUGAGACCAUUGAAUUGCAGGCACGCUAUGACACCCACAGUGCUGAGCUAAAUACUAAGAUUAAUGAACUGUCCCUCCUUAAUGAAAAACUUCGGCAACAAGUUGAAGAGAAGGACCGUGUCAUAAAUGGCCUCCAGCGCAAACUCUCCCAGCUUGAACAACAACAUGGUGAAGAAGAAGUGGAAUCUGCCCGUCAGAGACGAAUGGAGACUGAUUCGUUGCAUGCUGCAUUGAGGGAUAUUGCUCAAGCUGUUAUCAAUGAUGCUGACCAGUCAGGUACUGGUGAGGGAGAUACACCUGAAUCCCCAGUUAUGAGUUCGCCCUUCCGUCCACGUUCCACAUCACCUGGCCGUCCUUCAUCUCCAACCAAACGUGCUCGUUCCAUCUCACCACUGGGACGAUCACGUUCCCCGGCAUUUGCUGAUGCCACUUUCUCAGUCGUUCAAGCAGCUCUGAACAAACGUCAGCUGCAAGUGCAGGAGUUGCGGGCUAAACUGAAUGCCAACCGUGAACAAAAUUCAGUUCUUCGAAAGACAUUGGAUGAACGGGAGACUGACCGGCGUAGACUGGAGCAGAAUAUAAUCAUACUCCGAGAUGAAGUGGACAAUGCACGCCGGGAUGUGGAUGAUACAAUUCGUGAUCGAGACAGAAUGAAGAAUGUUCUCAGUCUAACUGGAAAUGAACGCACACAGCUAGAGAAGCUACGAGAGACACUGAAUGAUCAGAUAGAAGCAUUGAAUGCAGAAAAUGAAAGAUUACAAGCAGCCAAUACAGAACUUCAGCGGCAACGAGACAAUCUUGAUGAUGAGAAAGAUGAUAUUAUACAAGAUAAAGAGCGACAGAUUAAAGAAAAUGAAAGAUGCCACCGUAUUAUUGAACAACUUGAGAAUAAAAAUUCAGCCUUAAAAGAAGAAAUAGUUUUCAACAAAGAAUUGCUGAACAAGGCAUUACUUGAGAAAGAUGUUCAAGAACACAAUGCCUUUGAGCUUUCUGAAUCUCUGAACAAGUGUGAGCUGAAAAAAUCUGAGAUGGAGGUUGAAGCUAACAAGUUAAAAGCAGAGGCAAUUGGAUUGCAUGAUGCUCUUCUCAAGUUACAAAACCUGAAUGAGAGCCUUGGCCAAGACAAGAUAGAGCUGAACAAAAUUAUCUUGCAGCUUGAAAAUGAGAAGGCAUCAUUGAGUGGAGAAAAGCAGUCUCUGGAGCAAGAGAAAUUUGGAAUCAAAGAAGAACUUGUACGUGUUGAACAAGAGAAGAUGGACUUGGACACUGAAAAGAUGUCUCUCAACCAAACACUGAACUUGAGUGAAAUGACCCAUCGCCAACUUGAAGACGAAAUUCGAUCUGUAAGUCUUGAAAAAGCAGAAGUUAUUGAACAACUCAAGUUGUUGUCUCGUCAAAAACAAGCAUUGGCUGAAGAACUGCUGACUUUGCGUAAAGAGCUGGAACGUGUAAACAAUGUAGUGUCUCGUUUGAAUAAAGAGAAAGAAUUACUGACCCAAGAAAAUGGCGAGCUGGUAGUGCAGGUGACAGCCACUGAGCGGGAGAAUCGGCAACAGAGUGAAGUGAUUGCAGCUCUACGGACAGACAAAGGAAGCCUGGAAAGUAGUUUGUAUGAGUCCCAACAAGAAUGUUCUCAACUGAGGGGUAGGAGAGAACAGCUGGAGGGUGAGAACCAAGAUCUGAUCAUCCGAAAAGAAAAUCUACAAGCUGACAUCCAGAGAAUUCUCAAAGAAAAAGAGGCUGACACUGAGCGACUUGAAAGGCAGAAAGAGUUACUGAAUUCUCGAUUGCAGCAGUUGGAGAAAGACCUGCAAGUAGCACUGCGACAGGAACAACAGUCUCACGAGGAAGAUGUUGAUCGCCUGAACAGAGAAAAGGAAAGUCAGCGUUUGGAGUUUGAAUCUCAACGUGAGCAAUUACUCCAUCAAUACAACUUGGAGAAAGAAGAGCUGAUCACCCAGUACAACCACGAGAAGGAAGACUUGCAAGAGUCCUUGGCUAUACUUCAGAGAGAACGGGAUGAAUCACUGCUGAUGGCAGAAAAUGAAAAGCAACAAGUUAUAUCUUUGUUGGAACAAGAGAAGAGUUCUCUGCAAGAGAAAAACAUCAACCAGCAGCAGGAGAUUGCUUCUCUGAAUUUGGAUUAUGAUAGACUGAAAAGAGAUGGCCAGGCCAAACAGGAUCAAGAUCGAAAUAUAAUUAACAAUUUACAGUCUGAAUUGAAAAACUUCCAAAGCCAAUUUGAAGAAUCAACUGAUGCUAAUGAGAAAGAAAUCAAAGAAUUAAACAAUAGAUGUAAGGAAUUACAACGUCAUCGUGAAGUGGCCCUGAAGGAAGUAGCAGAACUCAAAAUCCAGUUGAAGCUGGUUGAAGAAGCCAGAGACAGUGUACGACGAGAUCUUAUUGAAGCUAACAGAAAGAUCAGAGAAGCUGAUGAACAUAAGGAAUUGACAAGGAAAGAGAUGAUGGAUCUAAAACGUAACAUCAAUGAUGAGAUUCGUGAAAAAGAAGCACUGGGUCGGACUGCUGAAGAACUUCGAAACUCUAUUAAGAGGAGUGAAGGUGAUAAGAUGGAACUGAAUCGUCGUCUACAGGAAAGCCAGCAGAGGAAUGGAGUUAUUGAAGAACAGAAACAAGUGAUUCAGAAAGAGGCAGGAGAACUGCGUACAAAUCUGCGUGAAGUGGAAAAGGCUCGCUUAGAUGCCCGACGUGAACUACAAGAUUUGCGCCGACAGGUGAAACUGCUUGAUAGUGAGCGUAGCAAAUUAGGCAAAGAAGUGAUGGAGCUGCAGGCAAGGGUUGCACGAGAUGAAGAUCGAGAAGAGGAGUCACGCAAAGCAUCAUUUGACUUGAAGCAAAAGGUUGUUGAGACAGAGGCCAGUCGAGACGCUCUGCGCAAGGAAUUGGCUAAUGUCCAGCGCAAGAUGGCUGAACUUCAGGAUGAAUAUGCUCUAAAAGAGAAGAACUUCCUGAUCACAAUGGAAGACAACCGCCACUGUGAGAAGAAGUUGGAAGACCAGAAGAAGAACCUUGAGAUCUCUCUUGAUGCAGCUAAUAAUGAAUUGUCUGAUCUUCGAUUGAAACUAAGCGGUGCCGAGGGUCGUGUGAAUGCUUUAGAGACUCAGCUUUCACGCUUGGAAGGAGCCAAACGUGAUGUUGAGUACAAGCUGAGUAGUGUGGUAUCCUCACUUCGAAGAACCAUUGGCUUCAGACAAGAGACAGCCAAUAUCAGUAACCCACUCCGCUCACGUAGUCCUAGCCCUCGUAGGUCACGACCUGUAUCACCCACGAAAGGAUUUGAUACUACUUUCGCAACAACCACCGAGGGCCGAGGAACACCCAUACCAAGAACUGGAUCUCCUGAACGCUCUCAGAGCCCUGCUGCCCGUCCAUUCUCCCGAACCAUGUCUCCUAAUCGUUCUGAUGCAAGUUCCCUUAUUCAGGCAGCCAAUGUGGAUCCGGAGCAAGUACGUAGAGCUCUGAGAGAUUUCGUACAACAGCUAUCUUCUGCUGAGAAGGACAGGGACGAUUACAUCACUCAAGUUCGUAGUCUGGAGGCUCAGAUAGUAGACAGUGAAGAAUCUCGCAGCCAAACAGAAUCUCGUUUGCAACAGUUACAGAAAUCUCUGAUGGAAGUAGAAGAAGAUAAGCGUGGCAUUGAUGGACGAUUGGCCAGUGCCCAGACAGCCCUCAUGUUGCAAGAGGAAACCAUUCGCAGGAAUGAAAGAGAAAGGAAGCUUCUGUCUGAGAAAGUGUCCAAUUUGGAACGUAAUCUGUCUGCUGUGGAAUCAGAGAAGAGGCAAUUGCAAGAGAAAGUCUCCAAGAUGAAGAUGAAUGAUUCUCGCCUGGAAGAAGAGAAGAAGCAAUUGCGAAACAGUGUUGAAGAAACAGAAAACCGUGUCACCAAAGUGGAGUUGGCUCGUCGGGCUCUUGAAGGAGAACUCCAACGUUUCCGCCUGGCCAUGACUGACAAAGAGACUGAGAACCAAGUGCAACAAGAUCGCAUUGAAACACUUAACAAACAAAUUCAAGAAUUGGAAAGUAAAGUGCAGUCAAGUCAGCUGACUGUAGAGAGACUUACAUUGAAUUUGGCUAAGACAGAAGCCACAGAACACCAACAGAAGGACAAGGUACAAGCAUUGAAUAUGUCCCUUUCAGACAGUGCCUCAACCAUCAAAGACUUGAAUGAACGCAUCAGUCAAAUGCAGAGAGCUCUCACAAGCAGUGAACACGACAGACGAGUACUAAAUGAAAAACUUGAGGCCACAAGGCAAACGCUGAAUGAAAUAAAGAAACAAAAUCAAAACCUGAUGGAUCGUCUUCAGUCACUUCAGAACGAUGCAGCCGAGACUGAACUAAGAAAUUCCGAAUUAGAAGGUCAGCUCAGGCAAAAUCACCAGAUGUUGAUUAAAAGACAAGAACAAGAACAGGAACUGAAUCAACGCAUGCAGAAGAUCCAGACAGAGAAAGUGUCUAUGCAGGAACGUGUCACUAGCAUGCAACAGACACUGAGUACCAUGGAAACAGAAAAGAAGGAAUGGGAAAGAUCUCAUAUACGCUUGGAGAAAGACAAAAGCGCUCUGAAGAAAACUCUUGACAAGGUUGAGAGGGAGAAGCUGAGAUCUGAAGUAGUGGCCAGCAAGAGUGUUCUGGAAAGGAGCAACCUUGACCGUAGCCUCUUUAAGUUGGAAGAAGACAAUGCAGAACUGAAGAGACAAAUUGAACAACUGCAAGCACAAUUAGCAGAAGCUGAGCAGCAACAUGCACAACGAUUGAUUGACAUGACAACUCGUCAUCGGGCUGAGACUGAGAUGGAAACAGAAAGACUUCGCACUGCCAAUCUCCAGGCUGAGCGUACACUGGAGGCCAGAGAACGCACCCACAGACAGAGAAUCAAGGGCCUUGAAGAACAGGUAGCCACCUUGAAAGACCAGUUGAAACAGGAAAUUCAGAAGCGUCAAUUGUACAUCUCCCGCAGUGUGCGUACAGGGGAUGAAAUCCGAGACAUUCGUCACAUCCUAGAUAAUUCCUUGUCCAAUGUUACUCGAGACACAUCUUUGGACCCCAUCCUUUUGGAACAUGAGGCUAAGAAACUUGACAAUUCACUGGAUAUGAUGCACAAAGGUGUGUCCCCGCCAGUGAAGCUCUCACCUGUACGUAACACAUCGCCUGUACGCUCAUCAAUCCGAGGCAGGGGUGUGACCUCUUCUACAAGUCUACGCAGAAAUGUUAUCUCUCCAGCUGCCUAUCGCCACAAAAUCAAAAAGAGUUUGGAAAAUGUGUGGUCUAAUAUUUUAAGCCAAAUUUGGUGA